UUUUAUUGUGGUGGAGGAGUUUGGGUCAUGUGCUCACAACUCGACCAAUAGAAACGCAGAAUGGGCUCGUUUGCGGAAGUUACUGAGCGAGCGUGUCGUCAGUGAAACGAUAGAAGUGAGAAAUGAUAUUGUGCUGUGUUUUGUAAAGUUUAAUUCUGUCUGUGGGCCACAAACACCGACCACGUUUGCUUAUUUAGACCCUCACUCUGAUAUCUGCCUAUAAAGCUCGUCAGAGUUGUCAGGUAUGUCCAAAUCAACAAAAUGGGACCGAAAAGACAACGAGUCCAAACACCUGCCGAUCUACCAGCACAAAACCAAACUGAUUCAGGCUGUCAAAGACAGCACUUUUCUAGUUGUCACCGGUGAGACCGGCAGCGGGAAAACCACACAACUUCCACAGUACCUGCAUGAAGCUGGUUUUUGUAAAGAUGGCAAAAUUGGCAUCACUCAGCCCCGCCGGGUGGCUGCCAUCACAGUGGCCCAGAGAGUAGCCCAGGAGAUGCAAUGCAGCCUGGGCAGAAAAGUGGGCUACCAAGUCCGCUUUGAUGACUGCACAUCACAGGACACUGUGGUGAAGUACAUGACAGACGGCUGUUUGCUCAGAGAGAUCCUGGCAGACCCUGGACUCUCUCAGUACAGUGUUGUAAUCUUAGAUGAAGUCCACGAACGCAGCCUCAACACAGAUAUUCUCCUGGGUUUACUGAAGAAAAUCUUCUCCAACCCUGCCAAAGCUACAAAGGGUCGAUCUUUUCCUUUGAAGGUGGUGGUCAUGUCCGCCACUUUGGAAACCGACAAACUUUCAGCCUUUCUCGGCGGCUGUCCCAUCUUUGCUAUCCCCGGGAGGACUUUUCCUGUUACCUGCACGUUUGGGUCUGCUGUAGGACCGAAAGACACAGAAAGCACUGGUUAUGUAAAAGAGGUCGUAAAAAUGGCCCUUGAUGUUCACACCAGUGAAAUGGCUGGGGAUAUUCUUGUGUUUUUAACAGGUCAGUCAGAGAUUGAGCGUGCUUGUGACUUGCUGUAUGAGAAAGCAGAGUCUAUAGACUAUCGCUAUGAUGUACAGGACCAAACAGUGGAGGGCCUUCUCAUUUUGCCUCUGUAUGGAUCCAUGCCCACUGAUCAGCAGAGGCAGAUCUUUCAGCCACCACCUCCAGGAAUAAGAAAGUGUGUAGUGGCCACAAACAUUGCGGCGACAUCUCUCACCAUCAAUGGUAUAAAGUACAUCAUAGACAGUGGGUUUGUGAAGCAACUCAACCACAACUCAAGGGUGGGCAUGGAUGUCUUGGAGGUGGUGCCAAUAUCAAAGAGUGAGGCUCAGCAGAGAGCAGGCCGAGCUGGAAGAACCUCAGCCGGGAAAUGCUUUCGAAUCUAUAACAAGGAAUUCUGGGAAAAGAGCAUGCCUGAAUAUACAGUUCCAGAAAUCCAGAGGACAAGUCUGACCACAGUGAUUCUCACACUCAAGUGUCUGGGCGUUCAUGAUGUCAUCAGGUUUCCUUACUUGGACAGUCCAGAGGAGAGGUUUAUUCUAGAAGCGCUAAAACAGCUCUAUCAAUUUGAUGCGAUUGACAGGAGAGGUAGAGUGACCCACCUGGGGGAGUUGAUGGUGGAGUUCCCGCUGCACCCGGGCCUUACCAGGGCCUUGCUCAAAGCUGCCUCGCUCGGCUGCCAGGACCUGCUGCUCCCUGUGGCUGCCAUGCUGUCUGUGGAGAACAUCUUCAUCAGGCCAGGUCACCCUGAGAGACAGAAAGAGGCAGAUAAGAAGCACAGAGAACUGGCUACAAAAAGUGGCAGCAUGAACGACUUUGCCACACUUCUGAGUGUGUUUCAGUCAUGCAAGUCCAGUGACAGACCCUCAGCGUGGUGCAAAGAGCACUGGAUCCACUGGAGGGCGCUGAAGUCAGCCUUUAGUGUGGAGACUCAGCUGCGAGAGAUCCUCCACCGCCUCCAGCAGAAGAGAGAUUUCCCUGUAGAAACAUUUGAUGGCAACAAGAAUGAACUCUUCAGACGAUGCCUGUGCACAGGAUACUUCACCAACGUUGCCAGAAGGUCUGUGGGAAAAGUAUUUUGUACAAUGGAUGGCCACGGGUCUAUGGUUCACAUUCAUCCCUCAUCAUCGCUGUUUGACCAGGAGGCAGAGCUGAACUGGCUCAUUUUCCACGAUGUGCUGGUGACUUCCCGGGUGUACAUCAGGACAGUGUGUCCAAUUCGAUAUGAGUGGGUGAAGGACUUGUUACCUAAACUCCAUGAGGUGGAUGUCUAUGAACUGAGCAGUGUGGCAAGAGAAGAAGUGACUGACGAAGAGAUGCUGAAAUGGGAGGCCAAGGAAGCAACCAAAAGACAACCAGAGGUUUCUACUGAGGACAUCAUGAAGAAGCUGGAGAAGCGAAACAACGAAGCCACCGUCAGUGAUGCCCGUGCUCGCUAUCUGCAACGAAAGCAACAAAGACAACAAAAUAAAGCUCAUUAACAGAAAACGCUUGCUUUUGAGGACAUGAUUCUUAUAAUGUAUCACAAAGGAAUAUUUUGCAGAUGACACCUGAAUAAUAAACUUUUGUCAUAUUUUUAA